AUGUCCGGCGUCAAGUCCCGACUGUCAAGUCUGCUCGGGCAUUUCUCUGCGCCCGCCCCCUUUGAACACCGAUUCAACAAUCAUACGCUAUCGCCGACGUUUUUCUUGCCUCGUGCUGCUGCCAUUGAGCCGGAGGCUGAAGCGAUUUACCAUAUCACUGCCAACAAUAAGAUUCUCCGUCGAUCGUAUAAUGAGCUUGCGGAUCGGGCUAGGGGCUUGGCUUAUUAUUUGAGAAAGCAUGGGUUCAAGCGUGUCGGCAUCUUGUGUCCCAAUACCCCGGCAUUCUUGGAGUCAAUCUUUGGGAUUGCCGCUGCAGGGGCGAUCAACGUUGCUGUGAACUACCGUCUGAAGCAGGAGGAUAUCGCUUAUAUCUUUGAUCACGGUGAUGUGGACGUCAUUAUUGUGGAUCAGGAAUUCGAGCCGCUGCUGGAGGCAUACCGGUCCCAACAUCCUAACAUUCAUAUCAUCACUGAUACCGAUACUGAUGCUACUGAGGGUCAACUCACUGGACCUUUUGAUGACGCUGUGCUCGAGGGCCUGAAGCAUGACCAGGAAACUGGUGCGCUGGGCUGGGAGGCGCUUGAGAGCCAAGCUGCGGAUGAAGAGUCCAUCAUUGCGCUCGCUUAUACUAGUGGAACAACUGCUCGGCCCAAGGGAGUCGAAUAUACUCAUCGGGGCUGCUAUCUUGCAGCUUUGGGCAAUGUCAUUGAGUCGGGUCUGAAUUACCACCGUGGACGAGCCGGAUAUCUCUGGACAUUGCCUAUGUUCCAUGCUAUGGGAUGGACUUUCCCCUGGGCCGUAACCGCAGUCCGCGGCACGCAUUACUGUCUCCGCAAGAUCGACUACCCCCAGAUCUGGAAAAUGCUCAAAGAAGAGCAUAUCACCCACUUUAACGCCGCACCCACUGUCAACACCCUCCUCUGCAACGCCAAGGAAGCCGAGAAACUACCCGAACCCGUCCGUGUCACAGUGGCAGCGAGCCCGCCCACCGCGCACCUAUUCGAGCAAAUGACGGACCUCAACCUCCACCCCGUCCAUGUCUACGGCAUGACCGAGACCUACGGACCCAUCACCAAGGGAUACUACCUCCCGCAGUGGGACCAGAUUUCUCUGAAAGAGAAAUAUCAGAAGAUGGCCCGGCAAGGUCAUGGCUUCAUUACUAGUCUCCCGGUGCGGGUGAUCAAGACCGAGGUCGCGGAGGGAACAGUCACGGACGUCGAGAAGAAUGGCCUGGAAAUCGGCGAGAUUGUCUUUGUCGGCAAUAUCUGUGCUCGGGGUUACUUCAAGGACCCUGAUGCGACCCGGAAGCUCUUCGCGGGUGGUGUGCUGCACUCGGGCGACCUGGCAGUCUGGCAUCCUGAUGGAGCGAUUCAGAUUCUCGAUCGCGCCAAGGAUAUUAUUAUCAGCGGUGGUGAGAAUAUAUCCUCCGUCGCGCUGGAGUCGAUGUUAGUCACGCACCCGAACAUCCUGGAAGCAGGCGUGGUGUCCGUUCCUGACAGCCACUGGGGUGAGCGGCCCAAGGCGUUCAUCACCGUGAAACAGGGCCAGCAGCUCGAGGGCGAAGACGUGAUUCAGUGGGCGCGGAAUGUGAGCGGGAUCAGCAAGUUCAUGAUCCCACGUGAGGUCGAGGUGGUUGCCGAGUUGCCCAAGACGAGCACGGGCAAGAUUCGCAAGAAUGUGCUGCGCGAUUGGGUUAAAGGGACGGUCCCCAGUACUGGCAACUAG